AAACAUAUGUGAAAUUUAUGCAGAUCGAAGUUUAGACUCAUCUUGUCUGUUAAAAAUAUUAAAUUUUACCGAUUUAUCUGAUCUUUGAUUAAGUAAUCGAAACUGAAUCACAAUAAACAGGGCGAAAACUUAGAACUACUACUUUAAGAAACAGCAAAGCAAGAGGAAAUACAAGACGAAGACGAUGAUGAUGAGGAGGGCUUUCACUACUUACUUCACUUCAAACACUCUUCUUCCAUUCCCAAGACUAGGUACGAAUAAUAUUACUGCCACUCCUUGUUGUCAUUCAUUGCUUCGAUUGCAUUCACUUUCUCAAUCCCCCACUUGCCCUAACCCUAAUCACAUACCCAAUCAUCUUACAAAACUUCAACAAUUACUGUUGGAGAAAUCUAGAGUUGGUUUUGAUAAGCCUGAUGAUGCUCUUCGAGUGUUCGAUAAAAUGCUGCGUGUGAAACCACUGCCUAGUGUUAUCGACUUUAAUCAACUCUUGGCCGCCCUUGUCAAGAUGAAAAAUUACUCCGUGGCUGUCUCCGUCUUUUCAAAGAUGUGCUCUUUUAGCAUUCCUGUUAAUGUAAUCACUUAUAGUAUUGUAAUCAACUGUUGUUGCCAUUUGAAACGCGUUGAAUAUGGCUUUGCGCUGUUGGCUGCCAUCUUUAAGCGAGGUUUUGUCCCGGAUGUUGUUACCUACACAACUCUUCUCAGGGGACUCAUUUCCCAGGACAAGUUUCUCGAGGCUGAGCUUAUGUUCAAGAACCUUCUCAAGUACAAUCAGAUUCAGCCUGAUGCAGCUAUCUUUAACACCAUUAUUAAUGGCCAGUGCAAAACAGGCAACACUUCCCAGGCUAUGAUGUUGCUUAGAUACAUGGAGAACAAAGGUUGUAUGCCGGAUGUCGUAACUUACAACACUGUUAUUGAUAGUUUGUCCAAAGACAGAUUAGUUGAUGAAGCUCUGGGUCUUCUUGCCGAAAUGAGUGACAAAAGCAUUCAACCAAGUGUUGUAUCCUAUAACUCAUUAAUUCAUGGUAUGUGCAACCUUAACCGAUGGGAAGAUAUAACACUAUUGUUGAAAGAUAUGGACAGACACAAAAUUUCUCCAAAUAAGCGUACUUAUAAUAUAUUGGUUGAUGCACAUGCCAGAGAUGGAAAGGUCAAAGAUGCUGAACAUCUGAUAGAUUUGAUGAUUCAAAGAGGCCAACCUCCAGAUGUAGUCACAUAUAAUACGCUAAUGGAUGGAUACUGCUUGCGGGGAGAAUUGGAUAAAGCAUUAGCAGUGCUUGAAACAAUAAGAAUUGAGGGGAUUUUGCCCGACACUCGUACCUAUACUAUAUUGAUCAAUGGUUAUUGUAAGAAAGAGAAAGUAGACGCAGCAAUACAUCUCUUAGAAGCAAUGCCCCUGAAAGGUUUAACACCUACAGUCGAAACGUACAGUACUAUUCUGGAUGGGUUAUUUCGUAUGCAUAGGCUUGAUGAAGCACAUAAGUUUUAUAAGAAAAUGUUAGACCAGGGUGUCAAACUAGAUACAGUGACAUGCGGGAUCUUAUUGUAUGGACUUUGCUGGAAUGGACUUGUUGGUCAAGCAAUGUCCAUGUUUCACAAGAUGGAGUCAUGUGGCUUAGUUCCUGACAUACGCAUUUAUAAUAUUCUGAUUCAUGGAUUAUUCAGGGACAACAAGGUUGACAAGGCAAGAAACCUUUAUCAUAAUCUUCUUUUGAAGGGUUUACAGCCUCCUAUCAUAACCUACAACAUUAUGAUACAAGGAUUCUGUCAUGAAGGGUUGCUGGAAGAAGCAUAUAAAACACUUUUGGAAAUGGAAGAAAACAAUUGCUUGCCUGAUGGAGUUACAUACAACACUCUUAUUCGCGGCUGCUUUAAGAAUAAGAUGUAUAAUGGAGGUUGUGAGUUUAUAGAUGAGAUGGUUGCUCAUGGUUUCAAAGCAGAUGCCUCUACCGCCUCCAUGCUAUUCGAUUUGCUGCAAUUAAAAGAGCAGGACCCUGCGCUCCUUGCUUUGCAGAAGAAGUUCAUGCCUUGACUACAUCAAUGAGCGAGUUUAUUAAGAUGGUGGUCAUGUUGUAUCUGCAUCUUUUUACAAAAUGAGAAUCAUGAAAAAGCAUGUGUUUUCUUUGACAAAAUGCAGGAAGCUGGUUUCUUGGGAGAUCCAUACCACCUGUAUAUUACAGGACCUUCCUGGAACAAAUAAAUAGGAAGCUUCUAUUCUUGCUCCGUGUAAAAGUUUUAUACCUGAAUUUGUUGAUCCAGUGUGGAACAUUAUUAUUUACUUGCACUCUCUUCUAACUUUCUUAUCUAUUCUCGCAGUUAGCUUGGAUCUUUCUUUACUUUAGGGUUAGUUUAUAGUUGCAUAAAGUAGUGAUCUGUGCAGCAAACAUAAAGUACAGGAACCAUUACAAUUUUUUCUUGAUAUAUUAGUUCUUAAUAUAUGUAUUUUUUUUCGUCGUCUCUAUGUAGUUUUUAAUUUUUCUUCUAAAAGAAAGGGAAUCAAUCAGAACUACUAUUCAUAUAUUAUUAAACUUGUUUUCUCUGCAUAAAAGUUGUUUUGUCAUGCAUACUUAAAGAUGUUGAUUCAGUCUGCCACAUUAUUGUUUACUUGCACUCUCUUGUCAGUUUAUUAUCUUUUGUCAUAGUCCACUAGCACUUCUCUUUACUGUAAGGUUCGUUUAUAAUUGCAUAAAGGAGCCUCAAGUGCUGCAGAUUCGAAGUACAAUCAGAUUAAGGGCAAUUGCUUGCGGAUGAUUCUACCACCUUUAUGCUAUUGGACUUGCUCAAACCAAAUGGCCUGGAGUCUGGACCCGUGAAGAGUAAUUGAUGUUGGCCCUGCUAGGCAGCUAGCCUAACUCCACAACAGUAACAGUAUGAUAUUGUACAUGCACACUAAUUUAUAUUUUUGAGUACUGGAAGCUUUAUUCAUUGUUUAUCCUCAAGUUCUUAUGUUUCAUCAAGUCCUUGGUGGUACAGAGUGACUACAAUCUUCUUGUAAUUCUAUUAGCUCUAGAGAGUGAUAGAAAUUGGCUAAGUCAUUAAAGAAUACCUGGUGGGACACAAUUUGUUUAACAUGGUUGCUUAUCCAAUAUAAAUAUUUGUUAUAAUUUUACACUAAUUCACCCAAGGGGCUGGUUUUGAAAAUGUCAGUUGUCUUUUCUUUGUAGUAAUCUGACCACUUUUGCUUGCAUUGUAUAAAAUGUUGAUUCAUUUUCUUUGUCGUGAUU